AUGUACAACGAAGAUUAUCACCCUCAAACCUCGCUUCAUCAUCAACAACCAAUAUAUCAUCAACCCCCACAAUAUCCUUAUACACAAUUUCCAACAUUUCCAAGUCAAGGUGAAUCCUCUUCAAAUCCUAGUAAUUUACAAAACAAUCCAACUGAAAUAGAAAACGAGAAUCAAAAAUACCUUUUGGUAACACAAGAAAUGAUUAAUCAAAGAGAGGAAGGUCAGUUAAAAAAAGGGCGCAUGCAUUACUUCUGUCAUUAUUCACUUUAG